UAAGCGUGCAAUUCGGCUUCCCAUUCUCCACUGUUCCUCUACAGUUCCACUCUCCCUCUGCUUUCGCUUCCCCUUCCUUUGUCUCUCAAACUUUUCAAUCUCUCUUCUUUCCUUUCCCUCUCGAUCUUCACACGAUUCAGCUAAAAGUUAAGCGCCUGCCUUGAUUCUCUUCGGAUUCUUCUCAAUUCCCCUGCAAAUUCUGCUUUCGAUUCCUCAGGAAAUUUAUUGCUGUGAUUAGAGCUAGUACUGGGGGAUAACGGAACUGCAUAGGAACAAUAAUAUGGCUUGGUCGAGUUCUACUGUCGACGUGUUUCACAAAGUUGUGCGCCUGAAAAUAUGUUACUGGGUUAUACUAUAAAUCGUUUCUCGUCUCAUUGAACCGUUCCUUCUUCAGUUUUAUCUACUUCAUAUCAUCUAACCAUGGGAUCCAAUCACUUUUUUAUAGUUGCCUCUGAUAUAUACAUCAGCUGAACGAGCAUACUGUCUGAAUUUUAACACAGGCCUUUGUUCCAUAUUCCAAUUCUAGGACUUCGAUCGAAUUUCUUCUCAGUUUGCUUAAAUAUUUUCUGUUCCUCUACUUUUGUUCGUUUCCCCUGUGUUAUGUUUGAUAGUUGGUGUACUCUGAACUUCGACAAACCUACUUCGCCCUCGUUCCAUUGUGUACUCCAUUCUGUCUCACGUCAUAUUCAUUGUUUAGCAUAAUAAAGGGUCAAAAGUAGUUAUGGUGUGCCAAGCAGCUAGCCAAACACGAUUUCGGGCUUUGAAACAUGAAAAUGGGAUUGGAGGGAAGCCAACAAUUAUAGUCAAAGUGAUUGCAUGUUUUCAACCUCUGCAGAAUUGCCAGGCCGAGUACUUCCGUCAUUUGCUUAAACCCGUUACGUAGAUCAUUUGUGAUUUUUUGCGAUAAUCUUGAGCUGGAGUUUUCUCUUUUGUUCUUUUAAUUAUUUGUUUUGAAAGAAUCUGUGAGUAAUUGAACAGGGGAAAUCAGAGACAAAUUCAUCUUGUGGUGAUUGGUUUUUUGUUGGAUGGUUAAGACUGGAGAUUCUUGGCCUCAGCCUGGGCAUGCUGCUGGGAACCCGCCCGAUUUAAAUUGCAUGAAUGAAUUGUUAAAUUUCAGGCUGCCAUUUCUGAACCCAGAUACUUAUAUCUCUUCUGCACAAGCAAAAUUUCGAGGAUCUUCUAAUCCUCCACAUGUUGGUUUGAAUUCGGAACAGAAGAAUGUGUUGCUUCAUAGCUUUCCAUCUUAUCUCGGGACCGUGUGUCCCCAUGUACUUCCAUACCUUGUGGAAAAACACUGCAAUUCUUCUUUGGGACACGCUCGAAUGACUUUACAUGGCUCAAAUACCGAGUUUUCUAAAAAGGAAUACAUUAUUUUUGAUCAGUCUGCAAAUCAAACAAGUGUAAUGUAUAGUUCUGGUUGUGCUCAGAUCCCCAUCUCCAUUAGUGCAAAACAUUGCAGUCAUGGCUUAAAUGAUGAUGAAGAAGAAGCUGCUGGGGAUAUUGAUUUUAAAAAUUAUUUGUUUCACAAAUGUCCAUUGAAUAAUGGACUUGCUGGUGAGGAAAGCGAGAUGCAUGAAGACACAGAAGAAAUAAACGCCUUGCUUUAUUCAGAUGAUGACAACCACUAUAGCAGUGAUGAUGAAGUAACUAGCACUGGUCAUUCCCCACCGCUGAUUAAGGAACUUUAUGAUAAACAAACUGAGGAAAUGAAUGAGGAAGUUGCUAGCUCUGAUGGCCCCAGAAAAAGGCAGAGAUUGCUAGAUGGUGGGCACAAGAAAUUGUCAGAUGCCCCUGUUUCAGUGAAAGUAGAUGCAUUUAACAACUACGGAGUUGAUACGAAAUCAAGCUACACUGGUGGCGAUAGCCGAGGACAUCAAAUGGAUUCCGUUUCGGGCAAUUUUUCAUCGAAAAAAGCCAAGUUAAGAGAGACUUUGAAACUUCUUGAAAGCAUGGUUCCUGGUGCCGAGGGCAAGCACCCGAUGUCGAUCAUUGAUGACACUAUAGACUACUUGAAGUCUCUAAAGUUUAAAGCAAAAAGCUGUGGGGCUGGCUGUCACGCCCCGCUGUGAUGUCGGUCAAGGAUGCCAGGAUGGAGAAAAAAGUGGUGACCAAACUUUUCUUUUCCAGAAUGAUUGUUUAAUUUGAACAUCAAUGUGGUGCCUUGGCUUGCUUUUAUGGGACCCCAUGGACAUGAAGGACUGUACAUAAUGGGCUACUAAAGGAAUUUAAGUAAUAUGCAGAUACUGCUCUUUGCUCGUUGCCAUUGAAGACAAAAUGGGUAAUGUUGACCAGAAAUGAUUGUCUAUUUGCUUUUGGAGCAUUAAAGAUUAAAGGAAUCACUCAGAUUCGACAACUUAGGAGGUAAAAGUGGAGGUAUUUGUUGUGUUCUCGAGGGACCCCAUGAAUUUAGUGCAUGCGCAUUUGGUAAGUUAUGCCCCACCCUCCACUUAUCUCCAUCUCCCCCUUCUCUAUAUGGUGCUUUGCCUUCUCUUUACCCUUCAUGGAUAGAAAAAAAGAAAGAAAAAUUGCAGAUAAUGAAAGUAUUGGAAAAGUGAUCCAAGUGCAAGGAAUUGUGAGAGUGUAGUAUUGUGUUUCAUAAUGAUAUGGUGGAUGCUGAGCUGGAAAUGCCCUUUAAUCAAUAAUGUCGUAAAGGUAAGCUUGUUUUUUUCUUGCAAUGUGGGAAGUGAUUGCUUUUUUUUCAGAAAGUUGUGAAGGUGUGGCGUUGGUGCUCUGCUGCUGCUCGUGGGAACUUUCACUGAGGUUGGCUUUUAGUUCUUUUUAGAUUUGUUGUUUCUGAUGUAGUCGGUCCCCUGUCGGUUUGUCAGUUUGAGUUUGAAUAUGAUGAAUAAUUGGUGGAUGAAUGUGAUUUUCUUCUGCAUUAUUGUUUUUGAUUCUCCAA